AAUUUCUGACCAUUUAAAUUCUUUGGAUCACAUAACAUUAAUGGACUUCAUCAACCAUUCUCUUCCUUCUCGUCUCCUAUGCCCUGCCGUACGAACCAAAAACAUAACAGAUGAAAGUUUCUUGGUUCAAGAGGAAUCUCAGCUCAUAGUUGAUAAUCCCUAUUAUAUUUCUAAUGAUAAAGAUGAAGAUGAUGAGUCUUCACAUUCUCACCAUCUUCUCCCUCUUAUUGAGGGCAACAAUAGAGAAACUACUGUAGCAAACAUACAAUUCACUGAAGGAAGAAAAGGAUGUUGUGGGGCUUGUAAUAUCAACACCAUCGGUACAACCUACUAUUUUUGUAUUGAAUGUGACAAAUGGUACCACAGAGAAUGUGUCGAGUCUCCCUCUGUGUUCAAAUCUCCUUAUCAUCCUAAACAUUCUCUUCAGCUUCACUUUGGAUCCCGUUUGUGCUACAAAACCGCCAUUCAUAAACUAUAAGAAAAGGCAUGAGCAUACCCUAUAUUACUUCCCUAGGAAAUCCAAUUUAAUGUGCGAUGUUUGUAGAGGUGACGA